CGCUGGUAUUGGUGAUGGAGGCCGUGCUCUACCUGAACCUCCUGGACUACCUCCUGGUGAUCCUGUGGGCGCGGGAGUUCCGCCAUGCACCAAACCUGACCUUCCUCCAGGACUUCAUGCUGGACGACCUCAAGGUGUUGGGGCGCAUCAUGGACUCCCUGUCGAAAUUGGGAGGAAGUCAAGUGGCCUACCGGGUGUCUUCGGUGAGGCAGGAAUUGCUGGUGGAUCUGAGGCCCGAACUUCAGUCCAUCAAAGAUCUCAGUGAAUACUUGCAGGCGGAGAUGGAGGACCUGUCGCUUAUGGUGAUCGAGCUCGAGGAUCGGGGGGAGGUGGCACUUUCUGAGGAGGACCGGCAGUGGUGGCAGAAGCAUUUUCCUGAACUACCACAUCCUGUUCUUCAACACAUGGCUGGACAGAGCCAAGAUCCAACUACAACGCCCUGGAACCGGAGAAUUCGGAGGGCACACCUCACUGGAAAGGGGGUCAUUGCACACCUAUUCAGUGGUCCUGAUGUGAAGAAGUGGAACCGUGUUGGCGGAGGAGCAUACUCUUGGCUGUGCGUUGACACGGAGAUCAACUCCUCGUUGAACCUGCACAACCCGGCCGUUUGGGGCUAUUUGUGGAAGCUGGCGUCUUUGGGACGCAUCGUUGCAAUUGUUGGAGGUCCUCCCUGCAGGACCGUGAGUCGCCUUCGAAACCGGUCACCACCAGGACCUCGUCGCCUUCGUGGUCGAGGAGAAGAUCGCUGGCGCCUCAAUGACCUCUCGGAGGAAGAACUUCGCCUGGUUCAUGGCGAUACAGCUUUGUGCAUGAAGCACAUGGGUCUAUGGAUCCGAGCUCAAGAAUGCCGCAGAACAUCGACGAAUGUUGGCAUGCUGUUGGAAUCACCGCGAGAUCCUGCUGAAUAUCUUGCCGGUGAAGAAGGUGGGCAAAGCGCUUCUUUCUGGUGCUUCCCGGAGCUGAUGGCUUGGGUUGGAACUGCUGGCCUUCGCUUGGUCACUUUCGAUCAAGGAAAGCUGGGUCACCAGAGGAAAAAACCUACGACAGUUUUGACUAACCUUCCUGCCUUCCAAGAACUACAUGGCCUCCAAGGCGAUGGUUGUGAUGACAGACCACUCCCGUCGAACCUCGGUGACCGCAUUCGCACUUCGAAGACCUGGGCAGCAUGGGCACCAGGCCUUGUGGGAGCGAUUCAAGAAGCUUUGAGGAGGUUGCUUGGCGUUUUGGAGGAGGAAAAGGGGGCUGGAGGUGGUCACCAUGUCUCCAAAAUGGACCUUGCAGCUUGGCAUCGACAUAUCAAACAGGGUCACAUCCCCUUUCGUGCUGACUGCCGCAUUUGUGGGGAAGCUAUGGGCUGCGACAAACCACACAAGAGGCUUGGGGGGAGCGCCACGAAGUUCACUAUGUCAGCCGACCUUUGUGGACCGUUUCCUGAAGGGAAAGAUUUGGGCACAGGAGUCAUUUGCAAGUACGCACUGGUCUCAACUGUGGCCGUCCCCAUCAUCUCUGAGCUUCCAGGUGAGGUUGCUGAGCCAUGUGACACCGCCAAGGAUGUGGAGCACACGGAGGAGAUUCCCUGCGAGCCAGAAGACCGUGACCUAGUCCCUGAAGAUGAAGUCCGGAGGCUCAAUGAAAUGGCUGAGAUUGAGAAGUCUCAAGAACCGCAAGGACAUCAAAAUGUCACUCUGGCUGAAGUGAUUCCUGAUCGCACGGUGGAGUCACUGGUCCGUGCUUUGUCCCGCUUGCACGCCAAGUACCGCAUGCUGGGCAUCCAGGCGAUCAUGGAACUCCAAGAGGUGCCUGCUGUGAAGCAUCGCAUCAUUGGAAAACACCCACCUCCACCACCUGACCAUCCACUGGCUGGCCGCGUGGGAGCGCUCUAUGAGGAGUCGGUUCCAGCUCUAGCAACUUGCAGAGCUGGGGGGGAGGACUCUUUGGAUUCUUUGGACUGGUCCUCAUCGUUGGAUGUUGGCAGGGGGGAGGUCGAAGAUUCACUGCUGUGUGAUUGGCAGCAGGUGGAAAAGUGGCAUGAGCUUGAACAACAACGACACUGGGCGCUCAAACAGCUUUGGUGUCAAGGCCUUCGUGAAGUUGCAGUUGGUGAAAACUCCGGCAGUGUCCAUGGCAGCUGGCUUCAUGAAGUUGAACUACUCCUCAAGGGUGCUGAAGAUCAACUGUCGUUUCAGCACUCUGCAAUCGAGAACUUCAAGCUGUCGGCAUUGGCUCCAUCAAUGGGAACCCCAGAUGCUCCAGCAACAGUGCUUCAGACCUAUACGGUCUCACUACAGCAAGUUCGCAGGGAAUUGGAAAAAUGGAAACCUCCUCUGCGUGAUGAAUAUGGACAGCUGGUGUCCUCAACUCAGGCAAUCAAGCCUACUACAGAGGAAAAGUUGCGCCUGGAUCCAAGAUUUCCCACUAUGGAGCUGGCUCCAGCGAUGCUUGUUCCUACAGUCAAAAGUCCUCAUGGACGUCUUCGAGCUCGGGUGGUCAUUUGUGGAAACCAUCUCACCAAGGUCAAUGAAGAGAGCAACAACUCUGCAGGUGAGACUCAGCCCAAGGACUCAAACCCGUUCUCGCUCUAUGCAGGUGGAGCAGAUGGAACUACGUUGCGCUGCUUGAUGAAAUGUGCGGCUGAAAACUCGUGGUCAGUCGGCACGGUGGACAUCAAAACAGCCUUCCUUCUUGCACCACGACCUGAUGAACAAGAACGUCUGCUCGUCGCUCGUCCACCAAAAGUGUUAAUUGAAGCUGGAAUUUGCGACGCUUCGGAACUCUGGGAGAUCUCGCAUGCCGUCUACGGGCUGAACGAUGCUCCAGCAAACUGGUCGCAGUACCGUGACCGUGAACUACCUCACCUGCGCUUCUCGGCAGGAGGUCAUGACUACCAACUGGUGCCCACACCGGAGCCAAACCUUUGGAAGUUGAUCAAAACCGACCCUGGUGCUCUUCCGCAGGAGGACAACUCUGAAGGCUUCCUCGCUGUGUACGUUGAUGACAUGCUUGUUGCUGCACCAGGUCCCUUGGCAAAGUCGGUGAUCGAUGGGAUUCGGGCUCAUUGGCGGUGUUCGGAACCAGAGUGGGCAUCGGCAGAAAAGGCCAUCAAGUUUUGUGGCUUUGAGAUCAGCUGCAGCGACGAUGCGGUGAUCCUCAACCAGGCCUCAUACACUCGAGAUCUUUUGUCUCGCCAUGAAGGCAUCAAACCACGUCAAACGCCUCUUCCUUUGGGAGUUCAAGAUGAAGUUGAAGCUGAUGUGCAAAUCUCCCAAGUCCGACGAGCUCAAGCUUUGGAUGUUGACCGAGCUCCAGGUGCAUCGCUGUCCAAGUCAAGGUUGAUGGCUAUUCUGGGCGGCAUCAUUGGCAUGGCGGCAUGGAACCCUUCGCAAGAAAGUCACAAGGUGGCGAGAUGUGUCACCAUCUCAGCUUUGGUAGCUGCACUUGCAAUUUGCCUAAAUGGCUAUACCUCGGCCGCGUCUCGUGCGUGCGAUCAUGGCGUGCGGCUGGCUGCGCUUGGGGCUCGCGCUGGACCGGAGCAGCCGGAAGAGCGGAUUUGGGAGCGGUUCCCAUUCCAGCUCCCUCCGCAAGGUCCACCUCCAGUUGAUGACACGCUGGAACCACCCCAACGACGGGCGACUUUGGAUUCGGUGGCAGAGAACUCCACUGGCACUCCAUCGUCUGAACAGGUGGAAUUUCCGACGGCCAAUGUGACCUGGGUGAGAACUGAAGUGCAUUCGGUGAGGAGGACUUCAUCGUCAUCGUCCUCUGCACCUUCACAGACCUCUCCCAGCACAAGGUCCAGUGCGACUGGAUCUAUGGCAGCGGCUCGGGGCUCAGACGCCAUUGAUGCUGGCGUGACCCUUGGCUACAUGGGGCGACUUGGCGGCUUCCUCUCUCGCGGGGAGAACCUGCGAUCUGGGCCGGCAUCGAGCGCCACAGAAAGUGAAAGUGAAAGGGAAGAUUGGAGGAGGAAUUUAGAUGUGAGCUCAACCAGCUCAGUUCAGGGGCACGAAACGACACUACCUCCUGGACUUCCUCCUCUACACGAACACUUGGAUGAGGCGCCACAAUGGAUGGGCAUUGUGAGCCAACUCCCAGUGAGGCCGCGUGGUGUGCCGGGUCAAAGUGACCAUUUGAGGGAUCCUGAUUCGGAUUCAGACGGCAGCUAUGAAAUUUGUGGUUGA